AUGCCCGCCCCCUCCAACACCCUGCUCAUCGAGGGUUCCUUCUCCGAGCUCGCCGACGAGUUCGCCCAGUACAUCGACGCCCUCCGCAAAGAGGGCAGCCUCCAAUCCGAGAUCGCCCCGCUCCUCGAGCCUCUCCGCCAGCAGGAACAGUCUGAGGGCGAAGCCGACCUGAAGCAGCGCGAUGAAGUCCUGAAGAAGCUGGUCUCGUCCGCUACUGCUCUGAGCAGUGCCCCCGAGAAGGAGAUCACAUCCGCCUACAACCUGCUGGUUCACCUUGUUCACCAGUCCUCUGAUGCCGAUGUUUUCCUUCCUCGCAUCUGCACUUACCUCGCCAAGCCGAUCACCACCUCCCCCCAGUUCGGCCCUACACUCGCCAUCUCUAUCCUCACCACCAUUUUCAACACUCUCUCCUCCACCGACUCCAGCCGUUACCACGUUCUCCUGGCCAUCGUUGCCGUGAUCCGUCAGUCUGGCUCCGGCAUUGCCUUCGAGGCCCUCAAGCCCCAGCUGGCCUCCCAGCUCCCCACAUGGCUCGCAUCCUGGGGCCUCGAGAGCGACGACGCCCGCAAGCUGCACGUCGCCAUCGCCGAAGCUGCCACCGCUGCCGGUGACGAGGAUCUCGCCCAGUCCCACGUCAUCCAAGCUCUGGCCACCAUCGACGCCGCGGACGUCAGCAAGCCUGAAUCCCGCGACCUCGCCGUUCGCGCUCUCGCCACCGCUCUGCGCCGCCCCACCGUCUUCGACUUCACUUCCCUGACUGCCUCCGACGCCGUCCAGGCCCUCCGCACCAGCGACAGCACUCUCUUCGAGCUGCUCGAGAUCUUCACCUCGGACACCCUUGAGGCCUACGAGACCUUCGUGGCUGCCACCCCUCUCUCCUCCAUCUCCGGUGGUGUUCUCGCCGAGUCCGCCGAUGCCCUGCAGAGCAAGAUCCGUCUCCUCACCCUCACCUCGCUGGCCUCUGCCACUCCCUCGCGCUCGCUCCCCUACGCCGCCAUCGCCUCUGCCCUGCGCGUCCCCGCCUCCGACGUUGAGAUGUGGGUGAUCGACACCAUCCGUGCCGGUCUCGUUGAGGGCAAGCUGUCCCAGCUCAAGUCCGAGUUCCUCGUUCACCGCGCCACCUACCGCGUCUUCGGCGAGAAGCAAUGGUCCGAGGUCCAGGGUCGUCUGAUGGUCUGGCGCCGGUCCCUCGAGAGCGUUCUGAGCGUCAUCCGCUCCGAGCGUGAGCGCUUCGCCCGUGAGGGUGCCCAGGCUGCCAUUGACCAGGAGGCCAACAAGAACCGCAACGCCAACGGUGACCGUCGACGGACCCAGGCUCGGGAGGUCGAGGCUGCCGAGUAA